ACGUCCUGGAGCUGCCAGUCCCCCACCACGUCCUGGAGCUGCCAGUCCCCCACCAUGUCCUGGAGCUGCCAGUCCCCCACCACGUCCUGGAGCUGCCAGUCCCCCACCACGUCCUGGAGCUGCCAGUCCCCCGCCACCUGGAGUGCAGGAGUUGACGGAGCCAGCUGUCCUCCCUCCCCCGCCUCCUGCUGGCAGUGCUGAGCUGUUGCCUGCGUCCUGGCGGGCAGCUCUCACUGCGGAGCAGCAGCAGUGGAUCGGCCGGGUGCUGUUUACCAGGAGCAGCAAGGGGAGGUCCCAGCUCGUUAAGGAGCUUAACGUGUGGUGGUACCCUCCCCAGACCCGGCCGGUCUACACCCAGCCUCCCGCGUCCCCCGACCCCUUCUUCGCAUGUCGGCUGUUCCUGUGGAUGCCACACAGGAUCUGGCAGCAGCAGCUGACAUGCCCCCAGCCUUUGUGCACAGGUACCAUGACAAAGGCUGGGCUGUACAGGACCAUCCGGAGGGUCCUGGACAUCGACGGCUGGUAUCUCCUGGCCACUGAGUACCUAGAGUGCCGUCGGUGUAAGAAGAAGGUCGGAGGGUGGUCACAGGGCCUUAUUAGGCAGCUGUCCCCCACCUACAGCUGCCAAUUCCCAGCUGUACUUACGUACAAGCUGUCCUGUGACCUUAGGGUGGUGGCACAGCUGAGGUCCCGCACUUUGGGCAACAGUGCUUCUCGGCUGUGCAACACCCUGCGGGAGGCACACUCGGUUGCCUGGUUGCGGAGAGCUAUCGCGUACCUCGGCGUGUGCGAGCAGUUCCUGGCCUUGUGCGCGGUGAGGGGGCAGUUCUCACCACCACCCGAGAUGCCCCCUCUCCCCUCCGCCGUCUGGCUGUUAACGGUGUACAGCCAUGACAUCCUGGCGCGGCUGGAGGAGUACAAGGCCAGGAUCACGUCAACCUUCGGGUCCAUCUUAAAGAUGGAUUCCACUAAGAAGGUGACGAAAAAGCUCGCAGGUACCGCUGCAGACACGGCCGCCUGGGUUACCAACGUGGGUAACGAGCACGGGCAGGUCCUCAUCAGUGUCCUCACCUGCUCCGAGGGCACAGAGGGCCUGUCCCCCAUGGCGGCCGGGUUGAUGAGGCGGUACCGACUCGCCGAGGUGCCACCCCCCCAGCUGAUCUACGUGGAUCGCGACUGCUGCAGCCGAGACGGCGUGUCAAAGACAGCUGCCUUGUUUCAGGAGUGGGGACAGCUCGUGGUGAGACUGGACAUCUGGCACCUGAUGCGGCGCUUCGCAUCAGGUGUCACCACAGAGACCCACGAGCUGUACGCCCCCUUCAUGAGGCAGCUGUCUCAUUGCAUCUUCGAGGUGGACUCGGGAGAUGCCCGCCGUCUCACGGAGGCUAAGCGGUCUCAGCUGGAGGGGCAGCACGGGAUGGUUGGCCUGACUGACGCCGAGGUCGUCAGGAGGAUCUCCAGGGAGGAGUGGAGGCUCCACUGUCGUCGACGGACACGUGGAGCCGAGGAGUCGACACUCCUCAUCCAGGACCUCCUAGAGACCUUCGGCGGACAAGCCGGGCGCAACAUCCUGGACAUCCCGUUGCUGGAUGCUCUCCGCAUCCAGGAAAUUUGGAGUACGCAGAGGACCCACCGGGCGUGCAGCUGUACACCCAGACCGGCAGGCUGACAAAGGGAGGAGUCAGCCUGCCGGUUUAUCGCUGCGCGAGGGGCUCCACGUCACUGGAGUCCUUCCACCUCCACCUCAACCGGUUCAUCCCAGGGACGCGCGCCAGUGCAUUGCACUUCCAGGCGUUCCUGGUUGAUGGACUGGUGAGGUGGAAUGAGGACCGCGCAGCAGCAGCUGCACCCCCGGUUGCAGCUGAGGAAAGGGUGGGACCUCUGCACUCCUACAGUGGCCACCUCAAGCACGUCCUUAACCUGAAGAGCCAACGGGUGCUUGGCCUUCCUAUGGUUAAGGACUACACCAAGCCUGCUGAGUA